AUGUCGCGUAUCGCACACCCGACAAACCUUAUCCCGCGGCUUGUCUUUGUGGCGCUGAACGCGGGUUACAAGUUCAUCCAGCUCCUGGACGCCGCUCGGACACCUGAGUCGCCUGCACACAAGUCGAUUGUCUCGUACCUCGAGCGGCGUGCCCCGCCCACACGCCCCCCCAAAGCUCUGCGUGGCAAGCUCGAGCGACUCGAAAAGGAGCGUGCCAAAAAGGAGAGAAAGGCCGCCCGCGAGGCCGGCCUCGACACAACGGGCGACACGGACGAGUUUGGUCGCCCCCACCAUCCGCCGGUCAUUGUCCGCCGCCUCCUCCCGAACACCGAAAAGGUCUCGCACGACGGCAUUCAGACGCAACUCUACGAAUACGUUCCCGGCGCGCCCUCGCGACCGCUGUCCGCCAUCCCCGGUGGUGUCCGCCCCGUCCCCAAGUUUGUCACAGAAGCUACCGGCAUUCCCUUCCUGCGCUUCGGCAAGCCGCAGCCACCCAUCCUGUCGCGCGCCAUCCGCCUCAAAGGCAAGAAACGGCGGCGACGCGCCCAGAUUGCCAGCGCACUGAUCCGCGACGAGAUGCCCUUCGCCGGGCAGGAAGACACGUGGGAGGCGAACCUGAUUCGGGCGACCAUGGAGGAGGCGGCCGCCCGCAAAGCUGCGGGCGAGCCUAAAUCAGAAGCGGCGGCCACCUUCCUCCAAGACGUGGCAGAAGAGCCGACGUACCGCAGCUCCAUUGCCGUGUCCAUUGCCUACCUCAAUGCGCAGCUCAAUGUGGAGACAGCGGACAUGCUUGCACGGGCACGCGGACUCCUGGGGAUUGUGGACCGUGAGCGGGCACUGGCUGAGAAGGAGGAAAAGCAGCGUCAAGCGGAGAUGCAAGCAGGUCCGACAACCGAAUAA